GGAGGCAGGGGUGGAAAAGUGGGCUCGAGAAAGAAAGCUCUCCCCUCAACUGUUUACCCUGACGUCAGUUUGCAGAAGUAGCUCUGCCCUGUCUCCCUCAGUGUCUCUGAAACUCUGAAACUGCGUGUGUGAGAACUGACCGGGAGAGAAGAACACAUGGGGCUCGGCUCUGGUACUCGUGCGCGCGGACUUCACUGAGUGAAUGAAAUGUUUGCUUCUGCUCAUUUAAAGUGGACUAUAACAGCUUCACUAUGAACACCUGCGCCUUUCUUUUGAUUUUGGCUGUUCAGAUUUACGCCGAUGGCAUCGAGGGACCAACAGCUGCUGGCUGUACAUUUGAAGAGGACUCAGACCCCAAUCUGUGUGACUUCACCCAGGGGGAGGAGGACGACUUUGAUUGGCUGUUGUUCCGAACGUACACGUCACCUUACGCCAGCUCCGACCUGCUGCGGGGGUCGUAUAUGUUGGUGAACUCCUCCCAGCAUGUCGCUGGCCACCGUGCUCAGCUACUGCUUCAGUCGCUGAGUGAAAACGACACCCACUGCGUCCAGUUCAGCUACUUCCUGUACAGCCGAGAUGGCCACAGUCCCGGGGCUCUGAAGGCUUACGUGAGGGUCAACGGUGGCCCACUGGGGAGUCCAGUUUGGAACGCCUCUGGGUCUCAUGGAAAACAGUGGCAUCAGGUGGAACUGGCUGUCAGCACCUUCUGGCCUAAUGAGUACCAGGUUUUGAUUGAGGCAGCGGUUUCCAAAGAGCGACGAGGCUACAUUGCUAUAGAUGACAUCAUGGUGCUCAACUACCCCUGCUAUAAAGCACCGCAUUUCUCCAGACUAGGAGACGAGGAGAUCAACGCUGGACAAAAUGCAACGGUUCAGUGUGUUGCUGCUGGAAGGGCAUCUGAGGCCGAGAAGUUCCUGCUGGAGAGACACAACGGGGACAUUCUGACAACGGCAUCGGUCAAGCACCUGAGUCACCGGCGCUUUGUGGUGUCCUUCCAGCUAGACAAUGUCCAGCGUACAGAUCAAGACCUGUACCGCUGUGUCACUCAGUCCCCUCGAGGCUCUGGAGUGUCAAACUUCGCUGAACUUGUCGUCAAAGUUCCGCCGUCCCCCAUUGCACCACCUCAGCUGCUGCGUGCCGGCUCCACCUACCUGAUCAUCCAGCUCAACACCAACUCCAUCCUGGGAGACGGGCCCAUCAUCAGGAAGGAGAUUGAAUACCGGGCCAGCCAGUCCCCGUGGUCAGAGGUGCACGGGGUGAACAUGGUCACAUACAAGCUGUGGCACCUGGACCCGGACACGGAGUACCACAUCAGUGUGCUGCUGACUCGGCCCGGGGAGGGAGGGACCGGUCCCCCUGGACCUCCUCUGGUGAGCAGGACCAAGUGUGCAGAGCCCAUGCGCGCUCUGCGCGGCCUGACGGCCACAGACAUCCAGUCCAGGCAGCUGUCCCUGCAGUGGGAGAACUUGGCCUUCAACCUGACCCGCUGCCACACCUACUCGGUGUCCCUGUGCUACAGCUACACCACUGUAGGAGGAGGCGGAGGCCACAACACCACGGUGCGGGAGUGUCUGGCGGUGGAGCACAACGCCUCCAGGCUCACGCUGCGCGAUCUUCCGCCUUACCACAGCAUCUACGUCCGGCUGUCACUGACCAAUCCAGAGGGCAAGAAGGAAGGCAGAGAGGUCACCUUCCAGACGGAGGAGGACAUUCCUGGAGGCAUAGCACCAGAAUCGCUCACCUUCACCCCACUGGAUGACAUGAUCUUUCUAAAGUGGGAGGAGCCCGUGGAGCCCAAUGGCCUUAUUACCCAAUACGAGAUCAGCUACCAAAGCAUUGAGUCGUCUGAUCCAGGUAUCAACGUCCCCGGACCUCGGAGAACGGUGUCGAAGCUGAAGAACGAGACCUACCACAUGUUCUCCAACCUCCACCCUGGAACCACUUACCUCAUCUCUGUCCGAGCUCGAACGGCCAAGGGCUUCGGCCAAACAGCCCUCACCGAAAUCACCACCAACAUAUCAGCUCCCACCUUUGAUUACGGAGACAUGCCGUCCCCCCUGAGUGAGACAGACAGCACCAUAACUGUACUGCUGCGUCCUGCUCAGGGCAGAGGAGCGCCGGUCAGCACAUACCAAGUGGUGGUUGAAGAAGAGUUGCUGAAGAAGGUGAAGAGGGAGCUGGGAUUUCAGGACUGUUUCCCUCUACCCAUGUCCCACGGUGAAGCCCAGGCCAGGGGCACGCCACACUACUACACAGCCGAGCUGCCCCCCAGCAGCCUGCCCGAGGCCAGUCCCUUCACCGUGGGGGACAAUCACACUUACAACGGCUACUGGAACACGCCUCUGGAUCCACGCAAGAACUACCUGGUCUUCUUCCAAGCUAUGAGCAACUUCAAAGGGGAAACCAGAAUUAACUGCAUCCGCAUUGCACGCAAAGCGGCCUGCAAGGAUCACCGCAAAGCUCUGGAAGUGUCCCAACACUCUGAAGACAUGGGGCUGAUCCUGGGCGUGUGUGCCGGAGGUCUGAUCGCCCUCAUCCUCCUGCUGGGCGCUGUCAUCAUCAUCAUUAAGCGAGGGAAAUCAGUGAACAUGAAUAAGACGCCCAUCACGUAUCGGCAGGAGAAGAGCCACAUGGGUUCCAUGGAGCGCAGCUUCACCGAUCAGAGCACUCUGCAGGAGGAUGAAAGGAUGGCGCUGUCCUUCAUGGACGCACAUACCUGUGGAUCCCGCAUUGCAGUGAAAACUGCAUUUAUGUCUGGCUCAGGUGACGCUCGCAGUUCAGUGAACGAGGCCAGCAGUCUGCUGGGGAGUUCUCCCAGGCACCACUGUGGACGUAAAGGUUCUCCCUACCACACAGGGCAGCUGCACCCCGCUGUGAGAGUGGCCGACCUCCUGCAGCACAUCAACCAGAUGAAGACGGCCGAGGGCUACGGCUUCAAACAGGAGUACGAGAGUUUCUUUGACGGCUGGGACUGCACCAAAAAGAAGGACAAACCCAAAGGCAGACAUGACACUCUGCUGGGCUACGAUCGUCACAGAGUGAAGCUCCACCCUCUCCUGGGAGACUCCAACUCCGACUACAUCAACGCUAACUACAUAGACAUUCGGAUUAACAGGGAAGGCUACCAUCGAUCCAACCACUUCAUCGCCACUCAAGGCCCGAAGCAGGAGACUCUGUAUGAUUUCUGGAGGAUGGUGUGGCAGGAAAAUUGUUUCAGCAUUGUCAUGAUCACUAAACUAGUGGAGGUUGGCAGGGUGAAAUGCUGUAAAUACUGGCCAGAAGACAGUGAGGUGUACGGCGACAUUAAAAUCACUCUGCUGAAGACGGAGACGUUGGCUGAAUACACAGUUCGUACUUUGGCCCUGGAGAGGAGAGGAUACUCAACUAAACACGAGGUGCGUCAGUUCCACUUCACAUCAUGGCCUGAACAUGGAGUGCCCUACCACGCCACCGGACUUCUGGCUUUUAUACGAAGGGUGAAGGCCUCCACGCCUCCUGACGCUGGGCCGGUGGUGGUCCACUGCAGUGUGGGUGCGGGCCGUACCGGCUGCUACAUUGUGCUGGACGUCAUGUUGGACAUGGCGGAGUGUGAAGGCGUGGUGGACAUCUAUAACUGUGUCAAAACUCUCUGCUCUCGUCGCAUCAACAUGAUCCAGACUGAGGAGCAGUACAUCUUCAUCCACGAUGCCAUUCUGGAGGCCUGUCUGUGCGGAGAGACGUCCAUCCUGGUGAACGAGUUCGCCGUGGCGUACAAAGAGAUGCUGCGGGUGGAUUCUCAGAGUAACUCCUCUCACCUGCGGGACGAGUUCCAGACACUGAACUCCGUGACUCCCCACUUGGACGUGGAGGAGUGCAGCAUCGCUCUGUUGCCCAGAAACAGAGAGAAGAACCGCAGCAUGGACGUCCUGCCGCCUGAUCGAGCGCUGGCCUUUUUGGUUACAACAGAGGGCGAGAGCAACAAUUACAUCAACGCUGCUCUGGCUGACAGCUUCUUCAGACAGGCUGCCUUCAUCGUCACCCCUCACCCUCUGCCAGGCACCACUGCCGACUUCUGGAGGCUGGUGUUUGACUACGGCUGCACCGCUGUGGUCAUGCUGAACCAACUCAACCAGUCCAACUCUGCCUGGAACUUUUCUGCAGACGGCACUUUUAAAGAAAGACACUUUGAGCCCUGUGUUCAGUACUGGCCAGAGCCUGGUCUGCAGCAGUACGGACCCAUGGAGGUGGAGUUUCUGUCCAUGUCGGCCGAUGAUGAUGUUAUUACUCGUCUGUUCCGGGUCAAGAACGUGACGAGGCUGCAGGAGGGCCAGCUGAUGGUGUGUCAGUUCCAGUUCCUGCGCUGGUCGGCGUACCGAGAUGUUCCCGACUCCAAGAAGGCUUUCCUCAACCUGCUGGCUCAAGUGCACAAGUGGCAACGAGAGUGUGGGGAAGGGCGUACUGUUGUCCACUGCCUUAACGGCGGCGGUCGCAGUGGGACCUUCUGUGCCUGUAACAUCCUCCUGGAGAUGAUCCAGUACCAGAACAUGGUGGACAUCUUCUACGCUGUCAAAACUCUGCGCAACUGCAAACCCAACAUGGUGGAAUCUCUGGAUCAGUAUCGGUUCUGCUAUGACCUUGUCCUGGAGUACUUGGAAUGCUUUGAAGAGAGAUAGCAACUAAAUGUUCAUGGCAGCGGCAGUGAAAUUUCACAUUAAAGCCGCCCAGUGACCAUUUCCACUUUAUUGUUCAGACCUGUGCUGUUGGCAUUGAGGGAACUGCGGAGGAAGGAGUGAAAAAUGGUGGCGCUUUAAACUUUUAACCUCUAAUGUGCAGCUGUGUUUUCCUCCUUGAUGGUGAUGUUUAUCUACUUUGAUAUCUUUUUGCUCCUCUCAGUCCUCUUUACCUGUCGGACCGAAGCUCCGUCUGCGCCGACGGAUGUGGUAGAGGCAAAACAGUAUUCUGAGCGAAACAAAAAGGAAACUCUGACAGGAGUCACCUUGGCUUCGUUUCAUGGUUACAUUUGAACGCCGCCGACUUCGGCUGGAUCUAUUAGCACCGUGACAGCAGCUAAAACACAGAAGCUUUUUUUCUGGUCUUUUUCAGAGCAACGUGCAGCAGUGGUCUGCCGUGGUUGUGGCGUGACUUACCUACCGUACCAUAAACUGCCUUAUCGGCUGAAGAUAGGACGGGGUUUUUUUUUUCAAAUUACCUUCACAAAUCUAACAAAGUCUCUACUCUGGUGCAGAAACACGAUAAAAAAAAAAUUAAAAGAAUUACGUUAUGUUUUAUUUUGAAAAGAACCACUGCUUUACCACAGACCAGGCCAGUGCUUAACAGUAUUGAUGCAGUCACUGUACAGUUGUGAAAUGUGUUGUUAUAUUUUACCAUGAUGUUUGUGCUGGAAAAACCACGUGUGCUAUCAGUGGACUCUACCAGGGCCCACAGUGCUGGACCUGGUGGGGCCCCCGCCCCCACAGGAGACUCCUGUCUGAUUCUGUCACAGUGCCAAUAUCACUGAGUGACUUGAAGCCCGUUCUUACUUUGUUUCUCCUCCUCUAUCUCACCGUAUUUGCCCACAAACAUACAGUAUUUACUUCGUCAGCUUAUUUUCUAAUGUGUUUGU